AUGAGCGGCCUACGGUUCCUCGACCUGAUCAAGCCUUUCACUCCUUUGCUUCCCGAAGUGUCGGCUCCAGAAACCAAAACCCCUUUCAACCAGAAGCUCAUGUGGACGGGCCUGACCCUCUUAAUAUUUCUCGUGAUGAGUCAGAUGCCUCUUUACGGUAUAGUAUCCUCUGAUACUUCGGAUCCUCUCUACUGGCUUCGCAUGAUGCUGGCCAGCAACCGUGGAACUCUUAUGGAACUUGGUACAACGCCGAUAAUUUCUUCGGGCAUGGUUUUUCAGCUUCUUGCAGGCACCCACCUCAUUGAUGUGAACUUGGAUCUGAAGACGGACCGAGAACUCUACCAGACUGCCCAAAAGCUAUUCGCGCUCAUCCUAUCCUUUGGUCAGGCCAUGGUGUUCGUGCUGACGGGUCUCUACGGCCAACCGGCCGAUUUGGGCGCGGGCGUCUGCGUUUUACUUAUAGUCCAGUUGUGCCUUAGUGGUCUCAUCGUUAUUCUUCUAGACGAGCUGUUGCAGAAGGGCUACGGAUUAGGAAGCGGCAUUUCUCUGUUCAUCGCUACGAAUAUUUGUGAAUCCAUAGUUUGGAAAGCUUUUUCUCCCACGACCAUCAACACAGGCCGUGGUCCUGAGUUUGAAGGCGCUGUCAUUGCACUCUUCCACCUCCUCCUCACAUGGCCAGACAAGCAGCGAGCGUUGCAAGAGGCGUUUUAUCGCCAGAAUCUUCCCAAUAUCAUGAACCUACUUGCAACCUUGGUGGUCUUUGCCGCGGUGAUCUACCUCCAGGGGUUCCGCGUAGAAAUACCAGUCAAGAGCUCACGACAGCGCGGAAUGCGUGGUUCCUAUCCAAUCCGAUUGUUCUACACCUCUAACAUGCCCAUCAUGUUACAGUCGGCGCUCAGCUCCAACAUUUUCCUCAUGUCGCAGAUGUUGUACUCUAGAUUCAGUGAAAACCUCCUUGUCAAGUUGCUUGGAGUCUGGGAACCAAGAGAAGGCAGCGCUCAGCUCUAUGCUAGCUCUGGGAUUGCCUAUUAUAUGUCCCCACCACUCAACUUUACGGAAGCAAUCCUUGAUCCCGUUAAGACUGCAAUCUAUAUCGUAUUUAUGUUGACCGCCUGCGCUAUCUUUUCGAAGACCUGGAUCGAAGUCAGCGGCUCUGCACCCCGAGAUGUAGCAAAGCAGCUCAAGGAACAAGGGCUAGUCAUGGCGGGUCACAGGGAACAGAGCAUGUACAGAGAGCUCAAGAGGAUCAUCCCUACUGCGGCAGCAUUCGGCGGAGCGUGUAUCGGUGCUCUGUCCGUCGCCAGUGAUCUUAUGGGUGCUCUAGGCUCAGGGACGGGUAUACUACUAGCCGUGACCAUUAUCUACGGGUAUUUCGAAAUUGCCGCGAAGGAAGGUGAUAUGGCAGGGCUGAAGGGGAUGGUGAUGGGGUGA